GUCUAGGGAAGAGGCUCUCAAGCAGCCUUAGAUGAUUAUGGAUUUUCUGAGCGAGAAGUUUGCCCUGAAGAGCCAGCCGAGCAAGAACAGUGACUUUUACAUGGGAGCAGGAGGCACUUUGGAGCACGUUAUGGAAACUUUGGACAAUGAGUCCUUUUACAGCAAAACGCCAGGCAGCAAAUGCGUGCAGGCCUUCAACCCUCUGCAGCGGGCUGAGCAUCAUGUGAGGCUGGAGAGGACCUCGCCCUGCCAGGACAACAACGUGAACUAUGGAAUUACUAAAGUGGAGGGACAGCCACUGCACACAGAGCUGAGCAGGCCUAUGGACAACUGCAGCAACCUUAGGAUGUCUCCGGUGAAAGGGAUGCAGGAGAAGGGUGACCUGGAUGAACUCGGAGAUAAGUGUGACAGCAACGUCUCCAGCAGCAAGAAGAGGAGGCACCGGACAACUUUCACCAGUUUGCAGCUGGAGGAACUGGAAAAAGUUUUCCAGAAAACUCAUUAUCCUGAUGUCUAUGUAAGAGAGCAGCUAGCUCUGAGAACAGAGCUCACCGAGGCCAGAGUCCAGGUUUGGUUCCAGAACAGAAGAGCAAAAUGGAGGAAAAGAGAACGCUAUGGCCAGAUCCAGCAAGCUAAGAGCCAUUUUGCUGCUACCUAUGACAUAUCUGUUCUUCCCAGGACUGACAGCUACCCUCAG